GGAACGACAACAUAAAUAUUAUUCGUCUGUGUUUAUCGCGGAUCGUUAUCCUGACGUAGUGCAUUUUUAUUACAAAUAUUUUGAAACAAUCACGAACGUUGCAACAUCUGUCAUUAUUAGUUCAUUGAUAGUAUUGUUUACCUAUAGUAUUAGUCGUCGGAAAGGGUAACGUGCUUCGACAAGGUCGUUUAACUUUUGCAAGUUCAAAUACAAUUUUUUGUUAGCUAAAACGCAUAUUAUUACAUCGUUGUUGACAAUAUUUUGAGAAAAGUGUUUGUGAUCGAUGUAGUUCGUGAAGUAAAAUUUACAAUGACGUAUUCGUAUAGCAAACGUCUAUCACAAUCGUUGGUUUUAAACGUAUUUGUUUUAUUAGAUUUUUCAAGGUUAUCGUCGGUUUCAAAACACGUUUGACUCGCUGUCUUGAGAUAUUAAUUAAUCUGUGAAUAUACACCAUGCCACGUCGAAAUCAUCGUAAGAAGGCCCCUUUUGUUGGGGAAGAUACUAGAAUUGCUGUAAAUUUAACAAUGAAGAAAUUAUUGGAAACCUCAGAUCAAAAAGAAUUAGAAUUUCCAUCAUCCUAUACAGCAGAAGAGAGAGGAUACAUUCAUAAACUUGCAUACAAACUUGGACUAAAAUCCAAAAGCAGAGGUAAAGGUACAAAUCGCUUUUUAACGGUGUACAAAAGAGAGGGAUCAACUAUAGUUCAAGCUGAUGCUGUAAUUAAGCUACAGAAGGCAUCGAGACAGAGUAUUUACAACUUACUACAAAGUUUUCCAUUGAACCAGAAAGAAUGCCAGGAUUUACUACCGCCGAUCGAACGAGAGCGACCUCUUAAUACAGAUGUUUCGGUGAAUACAAAUACCAAAGCAAUGGGUCGAUUAAACAACAGCGUGCCACAAAUACCGCAAUUGAAAACCAAUUUCGAUGUAUUAAAUUUUCGUAAAUCACUGCCAAUUUUCAGUGUUAGAGAAGACAUUCUUAAUGCUUUAAAUGCAAAUCAGGUGGUGAUAAUAGGUGGUGAAACGGGUAGCGGUAAAACGACCCAAGUACCUCAAUUUAUUCUCGAGCACUGCCAACAAAGGCAUCAAGCUUGUAGAAUUAUUUGCACUCAACCGAGAAGACUGUCCGCCGUGUCUGUAGCUGAAAGAGUAGCAUUUGAAAGAGACGAAAAGAUUGGUCAAACAUUUGGUUAUCAGAUAAGACUUGAGAGCAGAGUUGCUCCAAAAACCCUUUUGAUGUAUUGCACAAAUGGUGUGUUGCUUCGAACUCUCAUGGCGGGUGAUUCUGCGUUAAGUACUGUUACGCACGUAAUCGUAGACGAAGUUCACGAACGUGAUAGAUUCUGCGACUUUCUUCUGAUUGCCCUGAAAGAUGCACUGCUGAAAAAUAGAACCUUGAAGCUUGUACUCAUGAGUGCUACAUUGGAUGUGAACAUUUUUGUAAAAUAUUUCAAUAAAUGCGCAGUUGUUAAUGUUUUGGGUAGAUCGUUCGAUGUAGAUACGUAUUUUCUCGAGGACGUUUUAAAAAUAACCGGUUACAUGACGAAAGAAAUGGUUUCGAAGAGAAAAGAGCUAAUGAAUAAAAAGGCUCAACGUAAAGUUUUAGAAACUUGGACUCAAUAUAAACCUCAACAAUCAGGAUCGAAUGCUAUGACUGAUAGAUGUGUAUUGCCCGCACCGAUUUUAGCUCAUCAAAGCGAGCCUAUUCCAGAAAAAGUGAAGUUAGAACCUUGGUUAAUAGAGGAAAUGGAUAAAAGUAUUUCCGAUGCAUGGUUACGCGGUGGGGAAGAUAGUUUUGCACAACUUUUGUACUUCAUACUUUCUGAGAACGUUUCUGUAGACUAUCAACAUUCCGCAACAUCCGUAACACCGCUGAUGGUAGCUGCCGGUAGAGGGUGUAUAAAUACUACCGAGCAACUUCUGAAUCUAGGUGCUAACUUAAAUUUACGCGCAGCCAAUGAAUGGACUGCAUUAGAUUGGGCAAGAAACAUGAAUCAAACUGAAUGUGCAGAAUUAAUAGAAGCUUAUAUGAAAACUUACGACUGCAUGUUAUACGAUGAUACAGUGACGCAUGCUAAAGAUGUAUCACUUUCAGAAGAAGAUAAACUUUUAUUGGACGUAUAUCAUCAUACGUUUAAUGAUGAAAAUAUUAAUUACGAUCUUCUUUUACGGUUAAUUUUAUAUAUUCAUUUGAAAAUGCCUGCCGGUUCUCUUUUGAUAUUUUUACCAGGAUAUGACGACAUUGUGACUAUGCGCGAUAAAAUUAAUAGCGAAGAAAAAGAAAUGAAUCAGGGUAUGCGAUACUGUUUAUACGUGCUCCAUUCGAACAUGCAAACAUGCGAUCAAAAGAAAGUAUUUAAACCGAGCCCACAAGGAACACGAAAAAUUAUCCUAUCGACAAAUAUAGCUGAAACAAGUAUUACGAUCGACGAUGUUGUUUACGUCAUUGACUCAGGAAAAGUUAAAGAAAAGUCAUUUGAUGCAAUAUCAGGAGUGUGCAUGCUUAAAUCUAAUUGGAUUUCUCAAGCAUGCGCGAAACAACGUAAAGGUAGAGCGGGAAGAUGUAGGGAAGGCAUUUGUUAUCGCUUGUUCUCUUCGAUUCGGUACAACAGCAUGCAAACUUAUCAGACUCCAGAAAUAUUAAGAUUACCCCUGCAAGAAUUAUGUUUAUAUACAAAACAUUUAGCACCGGGAAAUACACCCAUUGCAGAAUUUUUGGAUCGAGCACUCGAACCACCCUCAAAUAUAGUAACUAGAAAUGCGGUUCAAUUGCUAAAAACGAUCGACGCACUAGAUCCAUGGGAAGAUCUUACCGAAUUAGGAAGUCAUUUACUUGAUUUACCAGUCGAACCACGGCUUGGGAAGAUGUUACUGUACGCUGUAGUUCUGAAAUGCUUAGAUCCAGUUUUAACCAUUGUGUGUAGCUUAGCAUAUAAGGACCCCUUUAUUUUACCCUCUCAGCCAUCGCAGAAGCGAGGCGCAACUGCAGCUCGUAAGAGGUUUGCAACUAAUACAUAUUCUGACCAUAUGGUCGUAUUGCGUGCUUUUCAAGGGUGGCAAAAUGCACGCGCAAGCGGCAAAGAACGUACGUUUUGCGAACAAAAUUUUAUCUCCGCUGCUGUGAUGGAAAUGAUAGUAGGGAUGCGCACUCAACUUCUUGGCCAACUUCGUGCAUCCGGAUUUGUUAGGGCUAGGGGACCUGGAGAUAUCAGAGACUUGAAUUCCAAUUCUGAAAAUUGGGCGGUAGUGAAAGCAGCAUUGACUGCUGGUUUAUAUCCGAAUCUAAUAAGGGUAGACCGGGAACAUAUGCAAUUAAGGACACAAAAAGAAGUAAAGGUAUUUCUCCAUCCAUCGUCGACUUUAAGAGAUUAUCCAAAGUCACCGAGAAUGACGUCUGCACAAACACAUGCAGCUAAUGUAGAGACUAUACCUUGCGAUUGGUUACUUUACGAAGAAAUGAGUCGUACAGGACGUUUUUGUCAUGUAAAAAUGGUUACUUUGGUUAAUCCUCUAACAGUGGCAUUGUUCUGUGGUCCAGCGAGACUAUCCGUGGACGUAAUUUACGAAGCUGAAUCUGUACCAGAAAGCGAGUCAGAUUCCGAAGUCGAUGAAAGCAACGAAGGAACGAUUUUUAAACUCGAUGAUUGGGUUGUAUUUAAACUUGAUCCUGAAACCGCACGGUUUUUCUUACAUUUAAGACAAAAGUGGAAUGCUUUAUUUUUAAGGCGUAUGAAAACGCCGAACAAAGCUAUGUCACAGUUGGACGAAAAGGUAGUGAGUACCUUAGUAAAUGUAAUUACAAAUGAAGAACAAUCGUGUGGACUGCAGCAACCGUCUGGUAUUGGUCAACGACCGCGUCCAUUAAUUGUUGACUAUUACCCUGCCAAUGCUCGAAGAACAGACGAUCUUGUAGAGAGAAAUUUUUAAAUUCGGAUAACUGAAGAAUAUUUUAUUAUGUACAACCUAUAAGAAGUUUUUAUUCUCUUGGUUCCUAUGUGUAACUCAUUGCAAAAUCGCAAUGGUAUUCCUGUAUUCACGUGAACUUGAUAAAAGUUGAAUAAAUUACGUUUCAAAUAGA